CAUUCUCCACACUCCCUCACUCUCUCUCUCCCCACUUCCUCUCUCUCCCACUCCCUAUCUCCCAUUCUCUCCCACUCUCCCCACUCCCUCUCUCCUUCCCAUUCCCAAUCUUUUUCUCCCAACUCCCACUCCCUCUCCUCUCUCUUUCCCCACUCCUCUCUCUCUCUCUCCCUCUCUCCCAUUCUCACCACUCCCACUCCCUCUCUCCCACUCUCCCCACUCCCUCCCAUUCCCUCUCUCCCAUUCUCCCUACUCCCUCUCCUCUCUCUCUCCCCACUUCCUCUCCUCUCUCUCCCCACUUCCUCUCUCUCCCACUCCCUAUCUCCCAUUCUCUCUCUCACUGCCAUUCCCACUCCCUUUCUCCCAUUCUCCCCACUCCCACUCCCUCUCCUCUCUCUCUCUCCCCACUCCUCUCUCUCUCAACUCCUCCACUCCCUCCCAUUCCCACUAUCUCUCUCCCAUUCUCCCCACUCCCUCUCCUCUCUCUCUCCCUACUUCCUCUCUCUUCCACUCCCUAUCUCCCACUCUCCCCACUCCCUCUCUCCCUCCCAUUCCCAAUCUCUUUCUCCCAACUCCCACUCCCUCUCCUCUCUCUCUCCCCACUCUCUCUCUCUCUCACUCCCUCUCUCCCAUUCUCCCCACUCCCACUCCCUCUCCUCUCUCACUCUCCCUUCUACUCUCUCUACGUCCCAUUCCCUAUCUCUUUCUCACUUCUCCAUAUCCCUCUCCUCUCUCUCUCCCCACUCUCUCACUUCCUCCUCCCACUCCCUAUCUCCCACUCUCACCCCACUCCCUCUCUCCCUCCCAUUCCCACUCCCUUUCUCCCAUUCUCCCCAAUCCCACACUCCCUCCCUCCCACUCCUCUCUCCCAUUCUCCCACUCCCUCUCUCUCUCUCUCUCUCUCUCUCCCCACUCUCUCUCUCUCUCUCUCUCUCUCUCUCUCUCUCUCACUCUCCCACUCCCUCUCUCGUUCCUGGGCAUUGA